CCGCUAAUCAACUAAUCAACACUCAGCGACCAGCACCAACCCCUAAACCGAGCCAACUCCGCCCUCGUCUCCCCCUUCAUUCCCAGAACGAAAAAAAAACCCACCACACCCAGCGAAAGCCUCACACCAAGCGGGGGAAGACUAUGAGCCGUGAUGAGAUGGCCGCCAUGGGGUCCCAAAUCUCCCACCACCACCGAGAACAACAACAAUGACCGGCACUCCUACGCCAACAUCAUCGACUGGCGCGCCUUCGCCGAGCCCCGAACCCUGAUCGCCACGGGGAUCCUCACCACCGGCAUCCUCGGCGCCGUGGCCCUCCACAGGCGCUACCUGCGCUGGUUCCCGGACGCCGGCAGCAUCUUGCCCUCGUACAUGCGGCGCAGGAGUAUCUUGGGGAGGGUGACGAGCGUCGGCGACGGGGAUAACUUCCGGCUGUAUCACACGCCCGGGGGCCGGUUGGCCGGGUGGGGGUGGUUGCCGUGGAAGAAGGUUCCGACGUCGAAGAAGGAGUUGAGGGAUAAGACGAUUCACGUCCGUCUGGCAGGCAUCGACGCCCCCGAACUCGCGCACUUCGGUCGGCCCGCGCAGCCCUUCAGCAAGGAAGCCCACGAGUGGCUCACGGCGUAUCUGAGCAAUCGGCGGGUGCGCGCGUACGUCCACCGCCAAGAUCAGUACCAGCGCGUGGUCGCGACGGUGGUGGUGCGGCGGGCGCUCGACUUCCCCGUCCCCUUCCGGCGGCGCGAUGUCUCGUACGAGAUGCUGCGGAAGGGGCUCGCGACCGUCUACGAGGCCAAGUCCGGAGCGGAAUUCGGCGGCGCCGCGACCGAGCACAAGUACCGCCAGGCGGAGUGGUGGGCCAAGCUGCGCGGGUUGGGGAUGUGGAAGGGGUUCCGCCGCAACAACGCGUGGGAGAGUCCCCGGGACUAUAAGACACGGAUGGGGCUGGAGAACCCAAUACAGUUGAAGGAGGAGACGAAGAAGAUUUAGAAAAAAAAAUUUUCCAGGAAAGGGGGGUAAAUUACCGCGUGCCCCUAUUCCCUUGUUUCGGUGCAGAUUACAACGUCUACGCGCUUAUGACGAUACGGCCCAUUUUCAUAUAUCCCGGCGAUAUCUUAAGCUUGCACAUUGAGUUCAUCCAUGAAUAUUCGUGUCCGUUGACGAAGACAUUCCAAGAGGACGCCCUGGUUUUGGUGGGCAUUGGCAUAUCGUAACCUCCGUUAAGACCUGACACAUCAGUCAUCUUGGCCACACAAGUGAUGCCAGCUGUCUUGAACAAGACAUUAUCUAGCUGCAGAGAGGG